CCAAAAUGUUCGAAUUUGAUGGUUAGUACGUAUAUUUUCUUUUUUUAAAAUACGUUCUUUUGUCUGAACUUUUAGUUUUGAAUCAGUAGAUCACCAUCACAUUUCAGUUACUGUCUUGAUGGGCCCAUUUGUUAAUAACUCAAAGACAGUACAGGAAUUUUAAUUACGUAGAAACGCUUGGAUUUGGACAUUUAUGUAAACUGAUUUUCUAUCCGAUCUAUCGACAAACGUCUGUUUUAAUGCUGCGAAGUUUUCAUGAGGUUUCUGAUGCAAGCUAACUGAAUGGAGAAGAUGCAGAAACUGACGAUCAUGGAGAAUGAUGAUUUACCUGGGCAGCCCGCUUCUGGAUCCGUGCGGUUGUAUUACUUCCGAACAAGAUACUUGUAUAUCUUAGGAUUUCUUCAGAUUUUCUUCGGAUUGGCUGUGAUGGCCAUUGAAUUUUCUGCGAUCGGAAUUUUUUAUCAUGAAACGCUCUCCUAUCCUUUGGAAAUCAUUGGAGUAUUUUGCGGACUUCUUUUCAUUAUCGCAGGAUACAUCACGUUUCUUGCUGGACGGAACAAGAUUGCUCCAGCCACCCGUCACCGUUUGUUUAUCAUCGGGACCAUUUUGUCCUUUUUGGCCUUGGCAGCCGCCAUCGCCAUGCUGGUGUUCUGUGUUAUACGAGCAGAGAAAAAAUACACGGAGGCCCGCGAUAAGGAAGGACGAGAGGAUAAAAAGGGGGAGAUAUUUAAAACUCCGUACGCCAUCUCCGUCGAGGGAUUUCGGCACACGGCACAUCUUCGUUCGAUUGCAUCGGUCUUCUAUUGUCUUGUUGCCAUCCUCUUUCUGCCCAGCUUGAUCAUUCAUGUUAUUAAUAUUGGAAAGAAUAAAGAGAAUCUCGAUACCGGUUUCCACGAUUCUACCAAGAGCCCGUUCAUCUUCCCCUCAAAAAAUCGAGCGUAGCCGGAAUUUUCGUAAAGUUUACUUCCAUCAAAAUAGUUCCUGGGUGAAUAUUGAUAAUUUAUCUUUAUCAACGGCGUAAUAAUUACGCCGUAAUUCACAGUGUAACUAUUCUAAUCCAUCACUUCGGAGGUUCUCAGGGGAUUUCUAUCCGGAUUUCCUAUGUGACGGAAUGGUCUGUUACAGUAAUUUGGGCUUUUGUUUUUGUCUUCGUUAUCUCAGUGAUAUUGUUCCUGUUAUCAGUGUUAUGCCCGUAAAUGAUAUAAGAAAUGCCAAAUGAUUUUAGUUUAUAAUUUUUACGUAGUAAUCUCGUAACAGCCAUGGCAUGAAUCUCCGUUAUAGUAAUUUGGUGAAUAUUUCGUGCAAGUAUUCAUGAAGUUUAGAUUAAGUGGUUUCUGUUUUGAAAACAUUUGUUUUGGCUAUCGUGUCUGGCUAAAUUUGUGUGCUUUUAAACGGAGGUUGUGCUCAUAGUGAUCCGCAGGCUGUUAUCGCGCUGCUAUCUGCUUUCUUUCCUUGUCAUCCGAAAUGAAAUAAAGAUUGAUUUUUUAGAA